GGGGAGGAGCCGGGAGGGGCGGCCGAGGCAGGCUGCAGAAGCAACGGCGCCGACAUGCAGCAGCUCAACCAGCUCAGCGCGCAGCAAUUUGCUUCCUUAACCGAAGUGAUUUUUCAGUUUCUGGGGGAGCCUAAAGAGGUGGAAAAGUUUCUCGCCCAGCUCUCUGACUUCGCUGCCCUGAACAAGAUCAGCCUGGGACCACUAAAGAACAUUACCAAAAGUCUCCUGUUGGUGCCAACCAGUGCUCUAAAGAGGACUCUGUCAGCAGAACAGGUCAGAGCAGAGCUUAUCGCUCUGGGGCUGAGUGAAGAGAAGGCUGCAUAUUUUGAAGAACAGUGGAAGGAAAAUUCUCCUGCCCUCCUGCGCCUAGCCAUGGAGAACACCCUGAUGGUGAACCAGCUGAUAGACAUGGAGUGGAAGUUUGGCGUGACCGCAGGAAGCAGCGAGCUGGGGAAAGGAGGGAACAUCUUCUUGCAGCUGAAACUGGUGGAAAAAGGAAACCAAACUGAGCCUGUGUAUUUAGAGUUAACCCUGCCCCAGUUUUACAGCUUCCUGCACGAGAUGGAAAGAGUGAAAACCAGCUUGGAAUGUCUCAGCUGACGUACCUGUGGGGCAGACCUCCAUCUUCAGUUUUGCCAUUGGAGAAGCCUUCUCGGGCGCUGCAAUCCCCCUUUAAAGGCGUUCCCUUUGUUUCAAGAACUCCUCGGAAGACUUGUCAGCUGAUAUUUGGGUUGCUGAUCUGGGAAGGGGCUGGUGGGACAGGGCCUGUUUCCGGAGGGAGCAUCCAAGAAACAAAACAAAUGCAAUAAAAAUCCAUUGCGGUCCGUUGCUACAGUGAACGGCUGCCCGUA